AAACACCAUCACCCAACGCCCUCAAUUUGGGUGUAUUCCUUUUUUGUUUGGGCGUCCGCUUAAAGAAACGGGAAGCUUUUGACACCCACAAAGCAAAAGUGGAAGCUAGAUUCCCAGUUUGUUCAUAUCAUUAAAGCCCCCUCCAUUUCUGUUCAAAUUUCAAACCCAAAUCCCACUUCUUCUUACCUUUCGUUAUCUUCUUUCUUCUUCCCUUUUCAAUUUCUUGCUCUUUUUUUACCAAUGGAGACUCAGAAACCAAAUUCAGAGAAGUGGGUCAUUUUCUGAGAGAUCGAAUUCGCAGCGAUUGGUGAAGAUUAUACUCAAAAACUCAAAAGGGGUUUCGAAAUGAGUACGGCUCGAUUCAUCAAGUGCGUUACUGUUGGAGAUGGCGCUGUCGGGAAGACUUGCAUGCUCAUUUCCUACACUAGCAACACCUUCCCAAGUGACUAUGUGCCGACGGUUUUUGAUAACUUUAGUGCUAAUGUGGUGGUCGACGGCAGCACUGUGAGCUUGGGGCUUUGGGACACUGCUGGGCAGGAAGAUUACAACAGGCUGAGGCCUUUGAGUUACAGAGGAGCAGAUGUGUUUCUGUUGGCAUUUUCUCUAAUCAGCAAAGCUAGCUAUGAAAAUAUCUCUAAGAAGUGGAUCCCGGAGCUGCGGCAUUAUGCCCCGACCGUGCCGAUUGUUCUUGUGGGAACUAAACUUGAUUUGAGGGAUGACAAACAAUAUCUGUCCAGCCAUCCUGGGGCUGUUCCGAUCACGACCGUGCAGGGUGAAGAACUGAAGAAGUCAAUUGGUGCUGCUGUUUAUAUAGAAUGCAGCUCCAAAACGCAGCAGAACGUGAAGACUGUGUUUGACGCUGCCAUCAAGGUCGUUCUACAGCCACCGAAACCGAAGAGAAAGCGACGAAAGGCCACAAAAUGUGUGUUUCUUUGAGCUGGGUAUCAUGUCAUUCAGUUUGUGUUGUGGAAGACUUGGCCUCCUCUAUGAGCUGGGUCUCAUUGUUAUUCUUGCUUGUUAUAUUAAUCUUCUUGUUUAAUAUGAAAGGGCUGAAGUUUUCAUUGUGAAAGA